GGGAUGCCGCCCGGCAGCCGGAUGCCCAUGGCAGGGCUGCAGGUGGGACCACCGGGAGCCCCACCUUCCCCGAUGAGACCCGGCCUGCCGCAGUCGAUGAUGGACCCCUUCAGGAAGCGCCUGCUGACCCCCCAGGCACAGCCGCCGCUGGCCACCCAGAGGAGAGGGGUGAAAAGGAGGAAGAUGGCUGACAAGGUUCUGCCACAGAGGAUCCGGGAGCUGGUCCCAGAAUCCCAGGCCUACAUGGACCUCCUCGCCUUUGAGCGCAAGCUGGACCAAACCAUCGCUCGGAAGAGGAUGGAGAUUCAGGAGGCCAUUAAGAAACCACUGACGCAAAAGCGGAAGCUGAGGAUUUACAUCUCCAACACUUUCACCCCAGCCAAAGAAGAAGGGGAGGGUGGUGAGCGUGUGGCCUCCUGGGAGCUACGUGUGGAGGGCAAACUGCUGGAGGACCCGAGCAAGCAGAAGAGGAAAUUCUCCUCCUUUUUCAAGAGCCUUGUCAUCGAGCUGGACAAAGAGCUGUACGGGCCAGACAACCAUCUGGUGGAGUGGCACCGGCUGCCCACAACCCAGGAGACCGAUGGCUUCCAAGUGAAGCGUCCCGGCGACGUCAAUGUGAAAUGCACUCUGCUGCUCAUGCUGGAUCACCAGCCACCACAGUACAAACUGGACCCUCGCCUGGCUCGCCUGCUCGGGGUGCACACCCAGACCCGCGCCAGCAUCAUGCAGGCGCUCUGGCUCUACAUCAAGCACAACAAGCUGCAGGACAGUCACGAGAAGGAGUACAUCAACUGCAACCGCUACUUCCGCCAGAUCUUUAACUGCAUCCGCAUGCGCUUCUCCGAGAUCCCCAUGAAGCUGGCGGGGCUCCUGCAGCACCCAGAUCCCAUCAUCAUCAACCACACCAUCAGUGUGGACCCCAACGACCAGAAGAAGACAGCCUGCUAUGACAUUGAUGUGGAGGUGGAUGAUCCCCUGAAAGCUCAGAUGAGCAACUUCCUGGCUUCCACCACCAACCAGCAGGAGAUCGCCUCCCUGGAUGCCAAGAUUCACGAGACCAUCGAAUCCAUCAACCAGCUGAAGACGCAGCGUGAUUUCAUGCUGAGCUUCAGCAACAACCCGCAGGAUUUCAUCCAGGAAUGGAUCAAAUCCCAGAGGAGAGACCUCAAGAUCAUAACGGAUGUGAUCGGGAACCCCGAGGAGGAGCGGCGAGCCGAGUUCUACCAGCAGCCCUGGGCGCAGGAGGCUGUGGGCAGACACAUCUUUGCCAAGGUCCAGCAGCGUCGGCAGGAACUGGAACAAGUGCUCGGGAUCCGCCUCACCUAA